AUGGCUGUGAAUAUCCCAGGAGUGAUAGCCAUGGUGUUUUUUUACCUGCUGGUUCUGGGGACCGGCAUCUGGGCUUCUUUCAAGUCCAAAAGGGAGAAAAAGAAAAGUGCAGCCACUGAAAUGGAGAUGGCCCUGCUGGGAAACCGGGGGAUCAGCUGCAUGGUGGGGAUCUUCACAAUGACAGCCACGUGGGUCGGAGGAGGCUUCAUUGUGGGCAUAACGGAGAUGAUGUAUACGCCCUCUAUGGGUCUAACCUGGACACUGCAGAUGUUACUGUCAUACAGCAUGUCUUUCAUCAUCUGUGGCUUUGUGUUUGCCAAGCCGAUGAGAGAAAGAAAUUGCGUGACAAUGUUGGAUCCGUUCCAUAUGAAGUAUGGAAAAGUACUAGCAGUUGGGCUGUGCCUCUUUGCACUUAUUACUGAUCUGGUCUGGAUACCUACAAUACUCAUCGGUUUAGGUGCAACCAUGAGUGUGAUCCUGGAUAUGCCUUAUACUGCCUGCGUCUGGAUCUCUGCUGCUGUGGUCAUCAUCUACACACUGCUGGGAGGUCUCUACUCUGUGGCCUACACAGAUAUUAUACAGCUCCUCCUCAUAUUCAUCAGCUUGUGGGUUUGUGUUCCCUUUGUCCUGAUGAGCCCUUACACACACGACAUCACCCAGACACUGAUGAACAACACUUUACACGCUCCCUGGAUUGGUCAACCGGAGCUGAAGAGGGCCUGGAUAAUGGCUGAUGAUGUCUUAUACUUGACACUGGGGAGUCUGGGAUAUCAGUGCGUUCACCAGAGAACCUUGUCGUCUUCUUCGUUGACUACAGCCAAGAUCUCAUGCUCUGUUGCUGCUAUCUUCUUACUCAUAUUUGGGAUACCUCCUAUACUGCUUGGGGCUGCUGUCUCGUCUACAGACUGGAACCUGACCUCCUAUGGUUCUCCGUCUCCAUACGAACGUGGAGAGGCAGCUCAUGUCCUGCCCAUCGCCCUGCAACACCUCACUCCAUACUACAUCUCCAUUAUUGGUAUCGGAUGUGUGGCCGCCGCCGCAAUGUCGUCAGCUGACUCUGCUUUGCUUUCUGCAGCUUCUCUCUUCACCUCAGGCCUAUACAAGAGAAUACUGAGACCUCAGGCAUCAGAAAAAGAGAUUCUGUGGGUGAUCCGUGCCGCUGUGAUCGUAGUAGGCUUGACUGGUACGUCGCUCACCAGCAGGAGCAACAGCAUCAUAUUGUUCUGGUUCCUCGGCGCCGAAGUGGCCUACACCAUCAUCUUCCCUCAACUCGUCUGCGUCCUCUUCUUCAGCAUCUCCAACAGUUAUGGAGCUAUUAUGGGCUUUGUGAUUGGGUUGAUGAUUAGACUGCUGAGUGGAGCUCCAUCAAUGGGACUUCCCGUCACCCUCUGCUUCCCAGGAUGCGCUCUCGAGGACGGAGUUUAUGUCCAGUACGCUCCAAUUAAGACCAUCUCCAUGCUGUCCGCCGUCAUUGCCAUCUUGUUCUUCUCCUAUCUGGCUUCUCUGCUCUUCAACAAAGGCCUGCUUCCUGAGAAGUUGGACGUGUUCAAAGUGAAAGUCCAACGCUCACCACAGCCACUAACUCCAAUGGGUGGCUCAGCAGAACACAAUAAGAAUGAAUAUUUGGAUAAAGACACCCAUCAGACUGAGGCCUCAGAGCCAAUGAUGAGUGGACUCUGA